GGCAAAUUCUGUCAAAAACACGUUUUUUUUUAGUUUGAUGUUUAUUGUCUACUUUUAUUUUUAUGUGAAUUUUUAAUAUUUGAAAAAUGGUUGAAGUGGAAGAAAUAAGUAUUGUAGAGGAAUUAGAUCAAUUCGGGGUUCAGGCAGAUGAUGAAGUUGUAUCUAGAAUGAAAGAACUUUGCAUUGUUUAUCGCCAAAAUGCUGAAGAAAUAGUUUCACAAUGGAUAGCAUACAGUAGUACUAAAGGAUUUGAAUUUGAACCAUCAAUAAGCUUACUUGAUCAAUUUGAACAAGAUGAAUUAAAUAAAAUUAAAACACCAUCCUCAUCACAGAAAAGCAAUAAAAAAGCAAGGACUCCAGUAACACCAUUAAGAAAAGCUCAUAUGACAGUGAACAUAAUCUUUUAUGCACUGGCAAGUGCAAAAAGUGCUGUGCUUUGCUUUAUAGCAGUUAUCUGGAAUCUAAUCUGCCAUAUUAGUGAGGAAAAAAUUAAAAGGAAAACUAUUACUCCUGACAAUGCAAAAUCUAUAACAUCUCUUCAAAUUUCACCAUUAUCUUCAAAAAAUUUUACUCCACCAAGCAAGUACUGCUCACGCUCUAUGUCUAGAGAUGUUAUAAUAUCAUACAGGUCAGAUGAAUAUAUUACUUGGAAAACAAAUAAUGAUCACAUUUAUAAUGUUAAUUACUAUGAUACUGAGUCAGCAUUAACAACAAAAUAUCCCUUUAUGUUUGAAAAACUGAGAGACUGUGCAUAUUUUUUAAAUGAAAGAAUACAAAAUUUGGCUUGUUUUUAUCAGAAUCGUCAUAAAAUAGAAGAAUGGUCUUCAAUGCAAUCUUUAGUUCAGGAAGAAGUAGAUAUAGUGGGAAGUAUUUAUUGUGAUGGAGAAGGCAAAUUAAAUUCUAGUUCUCUUCUCUUACAAGGAUCUUGGGAAUUAACUUCUGGUCUGCCUGUGCAGUUGGAUGUAUCAUGUCUCUCUCAAUUUUCAUUUUUUCCUGGUCAAGUAAUUAUAUAUAUAAUAUUUAUAUUUGUAAAACAGGAAGAACCAUUGCCAUUUUCUUCUAGUCCUCCAUCUGUUUUAAUAGCCAAAAAAUCUUUACAAAUAGUAGUUGCAGCUGGUCCAUUUACUGCAACUACUAAUGAAGGUGCGCUCUCUUAUCAACCUCUUUCUGAUGUGUUGAAUUAUGUAAAAGAGUAUAAACCACAUAUUUGCAUAUUGGUUGGACCAUUUGUAGAUAGUAAACAUGAAAUAAUUGAGAGAGGAAAUUUUUCUAUAACUUUUGAAGAAAUUUUUAAUCAACAAAUAGAAAUUAUGUUAGAGUCAAUCAAAGGAAUAAAUACCAAAAUAGUAUUGAUCCCAUCUUUAAGAGAUAUUCAUCAUUAUGCUGUAUAUCCUACUCCUCCAUUUAAUAUAAAAUACAAGUCUGAACAGUUAAUAUGUAUGCCUGAUCCUUGUGUAAUGAAUAUUGAUGGAAUUGUUAUUGGUAUCACAUCUACAGAUGUUUUAUUUCAUAUAGGAAGAGAAGAAGUCACUUUCCCAUCAACCAUGAGUGAUCGACUUGGUCGUCUUUGUCGCCAUAUACUUAAUCAACAAAGUUUUUAUCCACUUUAUCCCUCAAAUGAAGUCAAUAUCAGUUAUGAACACUUGGAAUUAUAUGCAAAAUUAACAGUUUCACCCCAUAUUUUAAUUUUGCCUUCAGAUCUAAGACAUUUUAUUAAGGAUGUUAAUGGAUGUUGCUGCAUCAAUCCAGAAAGAUUAACAAAAGGAUUGGUAGGUGGAACUUUUGCACGUAUCCAAGUGAUGCCAAUUGGUGAAGAAGAGUAUGAAUCUACAAAUGGAUCAUUAAUAUCAAAAAUAAUUGCUGAAAUAGUGAAAAUUUAA